UCUUUUCUCUCAUUCCGUGAUAUUCUUUCCUUGCGAUUUUGUGGAGCUAAGGAGGGCAAUUUUUGCAGUGCGUUUUUCUGCUCGUUCGAGGGUUUUGGUUGGAGCGACGUAUCAGCAUCAUGGAGGGCGCUCGGGAGUGGUUCACGGAGCACAAAUUGCGUGCAGUUGGUACACUUUGGGCUUCAUCAUUGAUAGGCUCAUUUGCGUACAAUUUCGCUCAGCCAGGGGUGAAAAUGAGUGUCAAACUGAUACAUGCCAGGCUACACGCUCAAGCUUUGACCUUGGCAGCACUCGCCGGUAGUGCUCUGGUGGAGGCUUAUGAUCAUCAUUCAGGAGAGAAAGCAAAGAGAUACGAGAAGCACAUCUAAACCUUAGAACGUGAAUAGCGAAUUCAUAACCCCUUGAUUGUCUUCAUGAUCUGUUGCGUAUCAUUGGUCGAAGUUCAAUCAAUGAAGAAGCAUGCAUUAGUAGUGCUCGUUAGUUGUAAGGUAGAGGAAGUUAACUCGCUUGCAGUUUAUCAUGCAUUUUGGGAGUAUUUUUUGACUUCUUCACAACGCCCGAUGGUAGUGCCCCCCUGAGCAAUUAGGGUGGAUCAUUGAAAAAUCUAAUUGUUAGUCUUAUCGUUCUAGGAUUGGCUAAGGUUUUGAUUCAGACUCUGAUUCUUUUUUUUAUUCGUAAAUAUUUAAAAAUUUGUAGAUGACAAGAUGCUAUUCAGAUUGCGAUGGUUUUGACAUGAAUUGGCCUCCAUUUCCAUCAUUACCAUCAAUCCAUAUUUAUUUCUUUAACUAGUUAGUUAAUGGUAUUCUGAUAUAGCUUAUUCGGACAGUUCCAAGCUAGUAAAAUCUUAGUGAAUUUGAGUUUACUUAAAA